GUCUCCCCUGGGGACGGUGGAGGGGGACGGAAGGGGUUAUUCUUGAGCGGAAAAGAAAUGAUGCGCAUAAUCCAAUAUGGCGGAAGUGUGUUGUGAACUCCCAUGACCAAUAAGGAGCGGUUUGAUACUUUAAACGAGCUAGAAAUGACCUGAAAUAUUCACCAGCAUAACGCUGUAUUUGAGACUUUUAUUCAUGAGAGAUAAUUCAGCCAAUGUCGUUAAAGGUAGGUGUGUAAACAAAGUAUAAUUACAAUGUUCUUAGACAUUCAUUCGAACGUCUGUGCUACAGCACGAACCUGGAUUUCUUCAAAGGUAAUAUUAUACAUAGCAUUGCAGGUUGUAUGAAUAUUAUAAUUCCUAAAUUCAAGCUAAUUCUGUACGCGUGCCAAUUUGAAAAUGAAAAAAUUCCCUCUUGGUAAGGACCAAUUAUCCAGCUAUUGUAAAUAAGCUGUUAUUUCUCGUGCCCUGCUAUGCUUUGUUGAUUGCUCAUUUGGUCACAGUUGGAAAACGCUAGUAAUAUAUUAUCUUUUGAAAAUUUUCUUUUGUAUUCACUUGUUAGAAACCUAAAGGUGUUUGACUUUCUCAAAAUCAUUCACAAAUUAUGUAAGCUUAAAAGCUUUCGUAAGCACGGGAUUAGGCGUAUCAUUCAAUUGAAGGCAUGCCAACUUUUUAUUUAAAUAACGCGCUCAGGCAUUUUUUUCCCAAGCGUAGCAGCACUGCUGGCUUUCCUUCGCCGUGAAAAUAUUUUGUCUAAGGGGAUUAUAUUUAUUUAUCUAUCAGUCCUCACUCAGCCUAACCCUGAAAUGGCAACAAAUGCUUUAAACCAACUUAAUAAUAACAGGAUCAAAAGUCAAGCUUUGGUUACUUUUCGUUUAUACGUUUAAGCAAAGCAUGUAGACAUUGGAUAAUGAUGUUGAUACUGUCAAAUUAAGAAAUCCGUGAAAUCUUGAUUUUGGGAAUGUUUGUUGUGUCGUUAUGAAUUUAUCAGCAGUUAUCCUGGUCGAGGGGGGGGAGGAGGGAGGUGACCCAAGGGAACCCCUGGUCAUUUGCACAACGUUUGUUUAACAAAAAGCUACUAAUGCCCCUCUCUUGGGGGUAAAGAAGUGUGCCCUGCCAAGUCAAAAGGUGCAAUAUUUCAAAAGAGUUCUGUUUGCCAUAAUUAAUUUCCUAUUUGCUACGAUUUUUUAUAUACAUAUAAGAGUUAAUUAAAUUAAGCAAAGAAAGCUAUUCCACCUGUUUUCUGCACAUGAUGAGGUUCAACUUACCUUGUAAGUCAUGGAAUGGGAAAGGAGAAAAUAUUUAUGUUUCCUGGUAAUGAAGAACUAGGAUUCCUUGAACAUAUGUUGAAAUGCUUUAUAUUAUAAAUAUUUAUAGAUAUUUACAAAUCCCGUGGGUCUUCUCCUGGGGAGGUGUGAGACAUCUGGUUGCUUUGAAAGCCUGUAGUGAGGAGGCCUUCCGAGGGGUGGAAGUGACAGGUGACAUGACCCCAAAAACUGACAACAAUCUUCUCAGAAAGCAUAGGACAAUGAACAGAAAAGGAGGCAAUAAUUCUGACAAUGGCAAUCUAUUUUUUAACUAGUGAAAACGACAUCUGAUGUCUGCAGUGAAACAACAAUUUCUCUUCCAUUAUUUCCUAACAUUUUCUGUUAUUUUCUUUGAAUCGUUUUUUAAUGUUGGUAUUUAAUAUUAAAGACCAGUCCCUCCAGCGAGAACGGUUAAUAACAGUUAAUUCGUUCCAGCUGCUAUUUAUUCAGCUGUAAGUUCCAAAAUUGAGUAUCACAAAAAAUUAUGCUGAAUGGACAGCAACAUUUUCUUCCUAGCUAAAAUGCAACAGCAACAUUUUUCCUAACCUACAAGGCAUCAGGCAGUCUCAGAAAUGACCGACUAAGUGACAGCAUCAUAACCCCCCCCCCCAACUGGACUGCCUCUUUAGUCUUUUGUAUAGAAAGUACUGAUUUUGCCUACCAGUACUUCCAUUUUGUGGAUUCCUUUCACAUAGAGUCUUUGGGCUGGCUCGGGUAGUACAGCAAUAUUAUUGUUUAUACGGACAGUAUAUCUUCUAAUUUUAAAUGGGGUCUUCUAACUUUGCCAUAGGAGUAGCCUUACAUCUCAUCGAGGCUCAGGGUGCAAAGAAAAUCAUUUUUACAGCUUGCCAUUUGGGAAAGCUGAAGCUAGCAUUUACUAGCCUGGACGUCAUUUCAACUACUGUAGCUCCAAAAGCUUUUUGAUGAGCAGAAUUGAUUUCACAGUUCUUCUCUUAUUCGAAUUCCUCAAAAAACAUCGCUUGCCCGUCGGGCAAGUUAAAAACAGAAUUCAGUAGCCUGAUAGCAAAAUCCAUUAGCCCCGGGCUAUUGUGUAGUUCCAGAAAAUAUCCAUACCCCCCCCACGGAGGGUUGUUUACAGUUUGAGCCCCCACCCCCCCGGAUUUUCCGUUCCAGAGGGCUUCAGGUUGCUCCCCCCUACCCCCUGGAAUUUCCAUGAUUUUUUCACUUGGUCGCCCCUACCCCUAGGAAAUUCCAAAUCCACAAAUAAAAAGACUUCAUUGAUUUAUUUUGGUCUACUUAGUGCCGAAAUAAAAUUUAGCCGCAGCCAAUUAUAGUUACAAUUCAGAUGAAGACGUAAAGCGGCAUAAUUUUCACGUAAGCGAUUUGGCCAUACCACACUUGCUAUUUCAUGGAACAUUAUUUAUGGAGAUAUUCGCUAGGUAAGGUACAAAAUUGCUGGAGGAGGCUAUGAGAUUUAAUUUUCUUAAAAAUGACCGUGGAAAAUUCUAGACGUAUGAAUAGACGCGCCUCUCGCUUCCUCUAUUUGGAAAUGUUCAAACUCUAACAACUGAGCUUAUUAACACUAUAGUUCUGGCAGCUGACCUUUCGUCUGCUUAAUUGACAGAAGAUUUCAUUCAAAAAAUAUCUAAGAAAGUACUGAAAGUUGACGGUAUCAUCAACGUUUUGUAACCUAGUCGAAGUUUGUAAUUUAUGCAUAGACGAAACAACGUAUCGAAUUACUUUAAACAUCAUUCUUGUUUUUGCUGUCGAAGCAAAACUCAGGAAUUGACUCGAUGCUAAUCUCCAUGAUAUUUUUUGUACUUUGCAGGUGUAAUUUUAUCUACAUGUAGUAUAAUGUGCGAACAGUACUGCUAACAAAUGUUGUUUUCCUGUGUGGAGCCGUGAAGUGACUUCGCUUAUCAGCGGGAAUCAUAAUCCGUCACGCAACAUGUUUUUUAAAAACUUAAGUUCGUCUUUCAACAGGAAUACUUCAAUAAAGUUGUACGCUUUAUCUCUGUAGUUUGUAAAUGAUAGUAAAUUUCACGCCUUACAGUUUUUUUAACUUUUUUUAAUUUCAUGUGUAAAACGUACUUUUCAAGUUCAUUCCGGUAACUAAACAACGAAAUGAAAUCUUCGCCGUCUCUCAUCGCUGUUCACGGUUACAAAAAAAUUAUGCUUAAAACAAAUGGCAUCGUAUCGACUUUGCUAACGUUUCCAAACUCGUAACUACACAGAAAACGAUAAAACUAUGCGAUAAUCUAGUUAUUGAAGCUUUGAAAUUCGCGGGAAAUUUCUAGUCAGCCAUUUUGUUUGACUCGACGUCGAACGUGCUCAGAGGUGUGCCUCGGAGCUGUACGUGUCAUCUGGCGCCGGGAUAAUAAUAGAAAAUAUAUGACAAGGAAUCCUACGUCUAUUUCCACGGAUAGAACUUUUGGUUUUUCUUGGCUACCCCGAAUCAAUUGGAAAAAUACGUAAGUGUUCAUUCGAUCGCAUUUCAAACCCUCUGGAAAGAAAAACUCUUUAUGUACCCCCCUCCCCUUCAGAAAUUUGUCUCUUUUAGACCCCCCUACCCCUAGGAAAUUCCGUGACCCUCCGUGGGGGGGGUAUGGAUAUUUUCUGGAACUACACAUUGAACACUAGUUUCUUUGCAGGUUGAGGCUAAAAUAUACUUUGUUUUUGUUCCAUAUUGCUUCUGGUUUCUUACGGGAAAAGGGAAAAGUUUCACUUAAAGCCCUUGUAAUGUUAGCCCUGUGUAACUGAAAAAAUACAUGUAGUGAAAUUCAAAGAUUAAAAUGUAUAAACAGACUUACAAAGAUGGAUGGAUGACUUGUUGAUCUUAGGAAGAAGAGAAUGAUUGGGACUGGCGAUCCUUGUGCCAGGACUUCUUGUUUGAUUCUCAAGUUCCACAUCUAGAAAAUCUCUUAAAAACUCACUAUGAAGGAGAUGUAAAGAAUUUUAUUCAACAAUAUCUGGAACCUGUUUUAGCAGUCCUAAAGGACAUCAAACUAUCAGCUGAGGUAUGUUUUACAUGUCAUGUAUAAAGAAGAUUUUUUCUGGGUAGAAGGUUGACCGUCCCAGCCGAGUCAACUUAAGUAAGUGUUUAUAUGAGAAAAUGGUUGACGCCUUUGCCCUGUUCAACAUUGCUCAUGCAUGCUCUGAUUGUCUAAAACCAAAGUGUUUAUAUGGAGAAAAGUUGGCCUGGAUAGGAGGAUGACCUUGCCAUCACAAAAGGGUGACACGGCUGGACAAGUCACCCUUCUAACCAAGACAACUUUUUGUUUCUCGUGUAAAUGAUUUUUCACAUUUUGUAAGGAAAUAUAUGAAAAGAUGGAUCACCCAGGGUAGGUUGGGUGGGUGAGUAACCCUUCAGCCAAGGACAAAAAUCCUCCAUAUCAUUUUCUCCAUAAUGAUUGGAAAACAUUAUGCAUGAAUAGAUCUUGAACCUUGACCUUUGUGCACCAAAAGUAACACAAUAUUGUCAAUGUUCAAAUACUGUUCUUUUAUUCACGAUUCUCUGUCAUCUAUUCAUUACUGGGUUAUUUCAUUCAUUUGUAGUUCACUUUAUACAAUAUUUUCCUAUGCAUUCAUAUUCAGUUAAUUAAGACAAUUUUCUUAAGUAGUUGUCUUUAUUUUAAAGAAAACAAACAAGGCUCCUAAUCUUUGACUGUUAUAUUUCAGACUUUUUUCUCUGGUAAUGGAAAGGUAGAUGAUGCCUGGAUUCCUUACUACAAGAAAUUUGUUGGUAGUAUCAUUCAUUUAACAAGAAUAGACCGCAGGCUUCAUAAAGGUGACUUCUACAUAAGCACCAGUUUUGCUGUUCCUGGCCAUCUCAUUGUCAAAUAUCAUGAUGCAGGAAAUGUUCGGUCAUUUCCUUUGGAGGCUGAAGAUUUUCCUGAAAUGUGGAAAACAGACUGGACCAACAAAAUGAGAAUGGAGAUGCAAGGUCGGUUUUUGUUUCUCAACUGUGUUGUUAACACCAAGAGAGGGUUAGAGAGAAGGCCUUGGAGGUACCUAAUGUCAGAAUCUGGAAAUGUUAGUGUGAAGCAGUUUAAGGGUGAGUCAUCUUCUGAGCUGCUGUUUUAAUGUAGAAUUUUGCAUCGGUCAUUGUAUCAUAGUCUCUUUAACUAAAACCAGGGCUUCAAAGCUAUGACAGGAAUCAAUAAUGCGAAAAGAUCAGUACAGCAUGUGGUAUUUCUAAAAAGAAAAUGGCUUUAGGGGUGCACUUUUAAGGAACUAACGUUGCUGGAGAGGGAGAGCUUGGCUGCUGCUCCCUGUAUAUUAUUAUUUACAGUAGAAAUUUUAAGUAUUUCCUAAUAAUUUAUCAUAUAUUACCCUCUCAGAAUAAUAAAAUCUUAAGUAGCUGAGUUGUAUAAAGGAUUCAGCACUGUUUUGGUGGCUACUUUCUCAAGGAGACACUGACAACACGGCUUUAAAAUUUAGGAGAAGAAAGUUAUUACCCUCGUCUGUUUGGUCAUUAAGGAGACAUCUCAGACCUUGGCCUUGAUGUAUUGACCUCGCUAUCGGUUGGUCAAUUCAUCAAGCCCAGCGUCUGUUUGAGAUUCCCCGGUAAUGACCUUACUCUCGGUUAAUAAGUGGUAUGUAAUGCUAAUAAUAUCUGACAAAGAAUUAAAGGUUUUCAUUUGAUCAGGGACAAUUUAGAAACACAAUGAUUCAGACUACAUCAUUUUUUUAUUGUAAGUUAUUGUCUGUCAUAUUGGAUUGCAAAAUAAUUUAUGAACACACAAUAAAUGCAAAUAUAGGACUGGGAAAGAAAUGUUUUCUGUGCACAUUAAUUGACAGUGGUGGUGGGGUGGGGGGUCGUUUGGAUGCUGUUUACUUUGGAGGAACCUCUUUGUUAAUGAAGAAAACCCUGAGUAGUUCCCCAGAGACCUCAAAACAUUCAUGAUUUACUAAAUUACAUGAAUUUAUGCCUAAAAUUUACCGAUCUUGAGAGUGAAAUUCCUUAUCUGAAAAGUAUGUGAAAAAAAUCCUCCAAAGCAAGUUCAUAAGUCACUGGUUGAAAAAUUUGUACAAAUUAUUGCAAAUUAUUGCAAAUUGAAAAAUGAAGGUAGGUUUGAAAUUAUCUUAUAUUAAUAAAGAACUUUAAAGAGUUGCAGACAGCAACCAAAAGCACUCUUCCUGUAACUUGCUACCCACUGUAACAGUGCAUUACAAGAAUCUACCUACAGAUGACAUACUUUUUCCUUCUUUGUAAGUCAUCUACUCUUGUCAUUUUCUUAUCUCAGGGGCAUCUCCUUGAAAAAUCUUUCUUCCAUAAACAGCAACUUAAUGAACACUUCUUAUAUGGCACUAUUUAUUUUAUUUGGACUACAGCUGUUUGUGUCAAGAAAAGAUCAUCAAUCUAAGUGCCUCUUAUAUUGAAAACAUUUUGAAUUUUCAAAGCCAAGUACUUCUAGUGUUUCUGUAUCACAUGUUGUUUAGGAAUCUUAUUUACAUAAGUAUUCUUCUGUUUCCUUUUGUUUUUACUAUUACUUUACUCAUAUCUAUUGUCAUAUUAGUUUUUUAAGUAUUAAACUCUUUAUUUUAAUUUGAAGAUCAAGUGCACAAGUUUACUAGUUCCAGUUGUUUAUAUGUCUGUCAAAGAAAGACUAGCAAUAUAUGCAAGGAUAUUCAUCGUGAUAAUAAUAGUUGUUAUUCUUCAUUUACAUUUCUGUAUCCAUAGUAAUUGAGGAGGAGAGCCUAGAGAAAAAUGUAAUGAAAGUAAACCGACAGUCUUUGUUUAUGGAAAAGCCACUGAGUGCUUUUGAUGUCAACUUUGAGCUUCUUCACAGUGGUGUGGCUUCUCUACCAGGUAUAAUUGACUUAUAUGUACAUAUUAUUCAUCAACUGUACUUUAUCGCAGCUAUUUAUAAGGACGAUGCUUUAUAGUCAUUCAAGGGAUGUUUUUAGUUCUGGCUGUUUUUUUUCCUUACUGUGCGGAGCAAAAAUGUGUGCAAAAACUCGGCUGUCUGUAAGUAAUGUUUUGACCUGUGAUGCCACUUACACUGUAUGUAUUUUGUAAAGUAAAUGUGACCUUUAUCUAUUGUAUGUAAAUUCCAGCACGUGCUUUCUCUUGUGGAACUGAUUCUUUAAGUAUGAUUUGUAGUUUCUAUAACUUCCAUAAUAUUUCCAGUUUUGUUGCAUUUUUUAAUUUUGCUAUUUCAUUUACUGGUGGCAAAGACAAAACUUGAGAUGUCUCCGUUAAUUCAAGUAUCAAAAUGGGUGCUAAAAACAAGUGCAAUAUCACUUGUGUUUGUAAUAUCAUACUAUAUGGAUACUAAUAUAGGUGCUAAUUGGACUCAUUGGUUAGUUUAAGUACGGUAACUACUUUGUGAUUCGCAGUCAGGAAAUAUUGUGUUUUUGUUGUCCUUUUUGUUUGGCUCUAUUUCCAUGGUUUCCUCACCAAACAAAUUAUCAAUAAUUACAUCAAUAAUACUGUGAGGCACAAUGGGUAUCAUUUCUUAACUUUAAAUAAACUAAGAUGCAUUCAACUCAAAAACAUCAAUAUUUCCAUUGCAACUUGCUGAUUCAUUUUGUUAUAAAUAGUGUUGAGCUAUUUAAUUUGACAAGGAAGUUUAGCAUUGAUGAAAAAGUGAAUUUUAAUUCAGGUAUCAGCCGUAUUAUAAAGGCUGACACGUGCUGGUUAUUUUCACAUUGUAUGUCUUAGAUGUAUAAUUUAACUUUUUAUCUCUAAAACAUUUCAUCAAUAAUGUAUUAUGGAUAUUCAAGGUUUAGUUUGCUAAGUGAUGUUUCUUAAGGUCAACAAAUCUUUACUUUUUUUACCCUGAGUAUUUUAAGUGAAGGAAUGCCAACCACUCACAAACGUGCUAUAGAUGACAGCUUAUUUAAGUGGCGUGACAAUAACACACUCGGUCUACUUGAGCUGUCAAUCGAAGGAUUUCAACUUAAUUCUUUAAAAAGCAUAAAGCACGUUUGUACUUUCAAUUCUUGGCAUAGGAUGACUGUAAGAAUUAAUUUUGGAAGUUGGGAGAGAAAUUUCCAAUUUUAAAUUGAAAUGCACAGAAUACGUCUUAAAACUACCUAACGAACGGGUGGUACACUCUGUUAAGAGGUUAGCUCUCAAAAAAUAUUAUCUUUUUCUGUUUCUACUUAAAAUGAAUAAGGCUCGCAGCUUCGCGAUAUAACAGGGCCCGCGGAGCAGUUUUUGAAGCACGGGGGCCGGUGACCACUUCUUUAGAAGUGGGGUGGGGUGGAGGGGGAGGGGGGGAAAUUUGGCUGUUCUCUUUUUGUGGCUGUUUAGUACAGUCAGAUUACCGAACCUUUCUUGAGUCAUUGUUGAGCGGAGUCAUGAAAAGUACCUUUCUCCUGCUGAGCCUGAUUGCACAUGCAGGAUCCACCAGUAGAAGUUUGCUGAUCAUGAUAUUACACUGUAGGUUCCUGUAACCCCUUCGUUUUGUCUAGUACGUCAUCGAAAUGCGUCAGAGACCAUACCAUUAGCCGAUAUAAUUCGUUUUAAGAAACCGUAGUUCCGUGGAGUAGUCUUCAGAUUUAAAAGAGAACCUUCGUAAAAAAGACUCCGUUCCGCAUUGUUGCAUAUCCCCCCAGCCCCUCCCCCUGCGCGGAUCCUGUAUAAAUGUUUCUGUGUCAUUGUGAGUGAACAUCCAUCUUUUGAUUAAGACAAAAGGCUAAAUUACCUUUCAAACAAUUAACCUAUCUGGUGAUUCGCUUGAAGGUGCAUGAGAUCAGAUGCAGAAAUAUCUGAUCUUGUUUUUAUGCAGCUUCAAAAAAACACUGCAGCAGUAAUUACGCACCUGGCCAGAACUCAUUAACGUUUUCAAAGGAUAUAUUCUAAUUGCACGGAAGAACUUUACCGCAUUAAGCUCAGACGGGACAGCAGAGACGUGCACAGUUAAAGCUGCAGUUUUAAAGGUAUUUACCGUUAACUGCAUGAACGCAGUAGAGGGUUUCUCUUGGUGUACACUUUCAUUCUUCAGGAAAAACUGCCUUUUCGUUAACAAAAACUUUUUUGGUCUUCAGUUUUAUGCAGAAGCGUUUUUGAAAACAGUCCUCUGUUCAGUACGCUACGACUCCCAAGAAUAGCGUGUGUUCAAGAUUAAUUUUUGGGUUUCCUGAAAUUUGUUGGCUUAGGACGCAGAAGAGAUUGCGAUUUUACUAGAACGUUGAAGUUGUAGAUUGACAAUUUUAUACCAAGAGUCUACAGUGUGAAGCAUUAGUAAAAGCACCGUGUAAUUAAGCAGAAAAUAAUUUCAAUGUGAUGGUUAUCACUGUUCACUAUGACGAUAGCAAUGACGUCAGAUGGACAUUAAUCAAACGUAUUGCAAACAAUUCGUUUUGUCAAAUAACAUUUCCUAUCUUACUCAUGUAUAUGGCUGACGUUUUUGAAGGAACAGUUUCUGUUACCUAAUUAACUUUUUAAUUGUAAUAAUAAUACAGUAUUUUCAUCAACUGAAGACAGGUGCAGGCGGAUGGCUGCUAAGGAAGGGAGGGAGGGCAUGAUACUUUUAUAGUAGUAGGAUCACCCUUGUAGCAAGUUUAUGUAUUUUGAGAGGGGAGGGGAGUGGUGGCGUUUUUAACGUUUUUAUAUCAAGGAGUCUCUCCUUCCCAGUCUCUGGAGUUUCUAGAUCCGAAAGCAAAGUUGUAAGUUUUGUCUUUUGUAGUCGAGCGUAUCCUGUGUCUUAGUUGGCGAACUGUUCCCUGUCAGUCGUGAUAUUUGGUUUCUUAAUCUACCGCAUGAAAGGAAGUAGAACGUUGCAGUAAAUGAAAAGUGUGAACUAAAAACAAUAUCUAUUUGGUAAGGAGGUCCGGCUCUGAUCAGGUCAGUAAUUAAAGAAGGUAAAUCUAGGAAACGGCACCUAAUAGGAACUGCGGAAAACGUUAUACUAUGUAAGUCUUCCAGCCGGGAAAAUGCACUGUUUUUACUCAAAGUUAUUCUGUUACUAAGAGAAGAUCAGACCUUCAGCUCUAUCCAACUACUCUAGAAUGACUGUAUAUUAGAACUUUAUCAUCUUAGAAAAACUGAACACACGAGCACACUCACGUUGGAAAUACAUGCGACCAACAUUGGGGUUAAACAGCCGGGCGAUCGACCUUUAACCGUCACCAACUCUCAAGUAACCUCACGCGACCAAAAUAAUCUCCCUUGCGAAUUACAAAUUGCGGCAUUCACAUUUAAACACUUUUAUUAAACUUAAGAGGAAAGGAUACGACCAAAUGUUGGUCAAAAAAGCUUAACUGACCAGUUGAACACAUAAAGAUACAAAAAGGCCGUUGGAGCGCUUUGCUUAUUUCACGUGGGGUACGCACCACCAUUUUCGAGGUUCUGUCCGCACACGACCUUACUCACGAGACAAACAAACUUCCGACGGGUCAAGACUGAAAACAACAAUACCGUGAGCCUGUCCCACUACAAACCCAACAACUAAAAUGAUGCAUGGCUAAUGAGUAAUAGUAGACAAUGAAAGAAAGGAUGAAAAAGCGACUUUCCGCCAGUGUAGCAGAGUGGGAGGAAAGAGUAAUGCCGCAUCCAGAUCUCGCGUUCAACUUAUACCAAUUCUGCAGCCCUAAUAUUUUUCUAUUUGUUACUGAUGUGAUGUGUCUACGGCGCAAAUUUAGAGGUUAGCAAGACUAAGACUGACUACCAGGACGCGGCCGAGGAGGUGCUAAUCAAGCCGCCUUUCAGUCUUCGAAAUAAUUCACUUUUGUAGAGGCUUAAAACCGAGGUCCAAGACGCCCCUAGACAUUACAUUCAAAGGAGAUUUGGUGCGGAAAUUUUAACAGUCAGAAUAGUGGUGGAUACACUAAACACCACAUUUAUCUUCAUGUAUCCACACGCAUCCAAAGAAAUGUAGGGUUGUUUCCAACGUUGCCACGAAAAUCGAUCAAACUCUCUGAGGCACUUGCACAACUAAGCUUUGGGUAUCUAUUGGUGGAAAUCAAACGUCCAGUUCAAGAGAUAGAAAAGAAGCUCGUCUUUCAUAGGUUCAGGCGAAAGAAACUGGAGAACGUAAUACUGAGUAGUGCAGUCGUUUGGCGGCAGGGCUACUAUUAUUUUGCAUCGCUUUGAAGAGCCUCAAAACAUCUUUGUUAAAGAAAAAUAGAAAUGAUGGCUUUGUUUUGUUUUGUCUUGUUCAUGAAUGACUACAACUAGUCAGAUGGCCCAAGUGAUAGUAGAUUGUAAUAACUUGCGUCUUGCGGUUCAAAUUGUUUAAAACUAUUAAAAAGGUGCUCGUGGGUGAUUUUUAGAGGAAAAAUUCACUGUCUUCCCAAGCUAAGAGUAAUUUAUUGAACGAGUGGUAUGUAUAUUUAAGUUUUAUUUGGCAAGGUUUGAACCCUAAAAGGUCCGAAUUUCUCGUGAUAAAGGCCCCUUUAAUCCGAUUGUUUGACGUGUGGUAGUGCAAAGUAAUAGAUUGAAGCUUCUCCUUUUUGAUUUGUCAUGUUAGGAAACAGAGACUUGCGAGGUGGACCAAUUCUUGUUAUUGACACAUCAACAUCUCGGCAGGAUUGGGGAAAUGUGGCUUAUACGAGCAUGGAAUUAACAAGACUCUUCAUGUACUUCCAUACCAUACCAAGGUAAGUCGGGCCAAAGUAACUAAACUAAUUACAUAACACUCAGUACUUUUCGUGCUUUUGUCCUAGAUCACGAGGACCUUUCAUCAGAUUCUCUUUAAAAAGAGAUCAACUUCUAGUGUACCAUGGUCCAACUGGACUUUUUUGCAAACUAGAUUGAUCUCCUUCUAACUUCAACAUUGCGGCCGCUACUUAGCCUGAAAUUCAUCCGAUUGCUUCGAGUCGUUUUCUCCUCUCAACAACAGUAAUAACGACUCGAAGUAAUCGGAUGAAAUUCAGGCUCGUCGCUACGUGGAUUGACCUCAAAUUAGUGCAAGCAAGAAACCCUGUUGUCACGCAAGAAUGGAAUGUUGACAGUUUAUCAGAGCAAGAUAUUUAACAAUUUGUUAAAUCUUCAAAAGAUUUCUUCACUCGGACCGCAACUAUUGAAAAUCGAAUGUUGAACUAACUAGGUUGCCUUUUUUGAUAGUCGCCCAGUGAUAUGUGUUUGUUUCGUUUUAAACACUACAGUCAAAACUGAACAUCAUUUAUGUUUUCCUAUAAAUAUACUUAUUCCCGUACAAUUGUAGUCGUGUAGUCAAAUCGUGCCUCUCCCGCCAUUCAGCCUGGGAGCAAACUAAGCAAAACCUGCGUCACCCAUGCAGGAAGUAUUGAAAGUGGUGUACCCCCCCUCCCCCGGGGGACUCUCGUAUAAAAGAGGGGGGUAUGCUCGUCGGAAAAUUAGAAUUAAACGAAGAAGACUAACUGGGCGUGGCCGGCUUAUUUUACCCGGCAGAAGACCUUUGUUUUUUAUUUCGGAAGUCCUUUACCUGAAACCCAAAGCGAUACCUUUAUAGGUAAAAAUAUUGCUUUUCCGUGCAGAAUAACCUAAGUGAGAGCCUCCGGUGAAAAUGUACCACGUGGGAGAAUAAAAUUAAUUUUCCCUUCUGUGAACCUUUUUUUGGGCUGCCUUUAGCUUAUCUGCUACGAUAAGAACUGAUGAUAUUUAACUAUAACCUAAGGGUCAAUAGAUGCAAUAUCAAGAAUAGUUCAUUACUGUCUACAUUUCAAUGGUACUGUAGAAACUUACAAAAGAUAUCGGAAAUGACCUUACUAUCUUACAGUGCUCGCAGUCUAGUCUUUUCACUUGAAACUAGAGAUAUCCGGUAAGAUCAGUUCAUGCGACGUACUGGUUCUCCUGGUAGAUGGUUUGCUAAUAUAAGUGUACGGAUGUAGAAUAUUUGCCUCUUUCACACGAAAUGAAUGUCAAAUACCUUACUCAGUAAAACGCUCAGGCGAUCUGAUUUCCAGUAAAAGAUUUUAUUGCCGUCUGAAAAUGAAUUCUGAUGUUCUCUGUAAUAUCUUAAGCUUUGAAUUCUCUUUCUUUGUUGCUUCCCUGUUAUUUAUCUAUUUCAUUGUUAUUGUAGCUAUUGUUGAAGAACUCUGAUUUGUGUAAAAUAUCGUGUUGCAUUACAUCCUUUCCCCGCCUAGCGUCCAUUCUUUAUUGUAAGGACAUAUUUAGUAAAAAAGAUUGUUGUUGUUCCUGCUGCCGGUUUCUAUGCACAAAGAAAUCUUAUCUUAUUGUAUUGAUAACUUGUAUUGGUUUCCACGCCCGUCUGUGGGAUGGUUCGAGUUUUGUUAUCUACCGGCCCCUCCUUUCCUUACACCACUGUCUGAUCAGUGAAGUAGUAAAGCUUGGUGUUGGAUCCGCGUACAGCUAAACUAGCGAUACAAGACGCUACACUGAAAAAAUCAGUGUUGUCAGUAACUUGCUUCAACCUUUACGUCUCGACGCCAUUACUUGAAAUGAGUGCAGCAUUUGGCCAGGUGGGUUAUUAUGUUGGAUAGACAUAACGCUGAAAAGCACUCACAACAUGUUUAUGUACCUGUGAACUAAACAAUGAUUAACAUAAAUGAGCUCACGUGAGCGGCUUAUGAUGACACUUGGGAUCUUUACUCACGACCGGUUGUUGAAAUCCAAAGCUUGUCCGAUCUUUAGCAGUGAUUUUGCCACUUUAAGGCGGGAGGUAUGGUGAGAAGUAAGACAAGUAACGUAGCCGAGUGUGAGGUAUGAGAUAUUGGUCGGUAUUAUUCUUUCAGUGUAGGGCAUAUGAGAAAUAUCAGUCAGUCAAGGACAUGCAUAAAACAUUCACCAACUGUCUAAACUGCUUUAUCUUUUCUUGAUUAUGAUUCGCUAAUUCGUUCGCUUUGUUGACAUGCAAUAAUAUGCCCACUCUGUUGUUUCCCUUAAUUUUCUAGUGAAAAGUGCAGGAAAACAAAUAAUAAUAACAGGUAGAAACUCAGAAUUGUUUCUUUGCUUCCAAAUCUAAAAUUCUUGGAGGUGACAAGAGGGGUAGUAUCCCGGGUUCACUGCCGUCUGGUGUGUCAGCGGUGUCCUCCGGCACGUCACUGUUGUCAUGUUAGUCUCCCAUGUUUCAUAACAGUGUUGACAACUUGAACAGACUCAAUUUGUAGUUUAUUUCCUUCCUUUGACGGUGUGAACUGCAUCCUUAUAAUCUCCUAGCUCUACAGUCAGCCUUGCUUUUUUUAUUUUUGCUUACAAAAAAAUAUUUUACAGACCAGAAGGUAGACAAGAUCCAUCAGGAUCUGAUACCUUUGUUUUGUACGUUGGCCCUUACAAAUGUAUUCUCGGCUUGCACUGUCACGCAAUGAAAAAUAAAAAUGCAAACCAUUCAAUACAGAAGGACUAGAAUCUGGGAAAUGAAAAAAGAUAAAUAUACAAAACCCCUUGCCAAGAAUCAGGUCUGUGAAAUAUUUCAAAUGCGAGUUAUUGGGAAAAACGGUUUACCUAAAUUUAUAAAGCUUUGUAUGGAAACGCCAUGUUGGUGUCCUUUUCAGGAACACCAAUAUGGCCGCUGGAUACCAACUGAAACAUCUGUUUUCGAGUUUUCCUACUAAUGCGUGAAUUCCUCGCUUGAGGAACUCAUAAAGAUUACAGUAAUAUUUAUUCUGAGACAAAGAAUGUUUAGAUUGCAAAAUCUCCCAAAAUCGGUAAUGUUUUUAACCCACAUAAGAGCUUUCCCGGCUGCCAGCUAAAUGCCGCGUCACGCAAAAGCUUGGAAAUUCAAGCGUCCUCUCUCGCAAAGCGAAGAACCCUUUCGAACCAAAAGUUUGUUAUGUAAAGAUGUUUAGGUACUGUAAUACCUCGUGAAAGUAGAAACUCAGAAGAAUCGAUAGUUUCUUAGUUUGAUUUUUGGUGACGUCACGUGCAACCCAAGAAUUUAAAAACUCCAAGAUAUUCCCAUACAUGUCGUAAACCGCCUGGAGCAAAAACACUUUUGGAAGCACGACAGGCAUGGUAACAUGAUCACAUCGUAUGUAGAAAGAUUGAUUUGUCUACAGUGACCACAUGUCUGAGUUCAGACUGACCAAGUGAGUGGGUGGCACCUUGAUUUGCUGGAAAACGUUAAUUACCGGAUGUUCCAUUUAUCCUAGCUUGUUUGCCACCUCAUUCUCACAUCCAGUACGGUUUCAAAAUCAAUCCCCUCACCACUGUGAUAUCAUUUUUAUAAAUUUUGGCAGAUUUUUAGAAUACCGUUUUCCAGAAAGUCAGUGGCAGAGUCAGUAAUCAUACUAGCGUAAUCGUUUUGAGGAUCCUUCUGUGUUAUGUCACUGGGCCAUAUCUGUGCUGAAUCAUGUGCAGUCAAGCUUGUCUAACAUCAUGGGGCGUUUUUUGUUCAAGCCCCCCUCUCUCUCCAAUGUAUGUUUGCCAAUGUCGGCCAAUGUGUAACGUUUCAAGCUUUGUGCUGCUUUUGUUCCUUGCAUGAGUGCGUGUCGCCUGCCCUAUAGCAUGGUAAGAACAUUCCAUUAGACACAAUUGUAUCCACGAUGUAUGUGAGUUCGUGACGAGUUUCCGUGUAUAUAGCAAUCGUGUGUGGCUAGUCGCAGUGCUAAAAUGUUGUUUUGAGAAGGCAGGAAAUCGGAACUAUUUUAUCUGAUAUCUUUUUCUUGGUGCGCGCAUUUCUUUAAUAUACGGUAAGAGAGGUACAAUGGUUGAUGUGCCAUUUGAAGGGCAAGUUUUAAAGAGUCGUGAAACCGGCCGUGAAAUGUUGUCUAUCUUACACCGUUUUCUCUCGCGCUUGCUUAUCUUUUCGCUAGUCCUGAAAAACUGUUUGCAUUUGCUUUUCUCAGUACUCCAGUUGUACUCCAGUGGAAUCGUUUAUGAUCAAGUCUUUAACAGAUCAAGAAAUAGACGUGAAAUAGAGGAAGCGCGCUUUUGUGGGGCUAUUAUAAAGCUUUUUGUCUUUGCAACGCGGUGACAAAAACCUAAGGGCAGAUUUGCAUCUUUCCUGCUUCUGUCCGCGACAUCAACUCGAUUUAUAUACUUCGUGUUACGUUUCGCUGCCAAAUUGAUGCGGCAUUGUGUCAAGUUAGAAACACAUUUCCCGCAUUUCCCUUACAACAUGAUUUCCAACGCUGAACGCUCUUUUCCGUGUAAUAACAGUUGAAAAUGUUGUAACGCGGAUGUUGAUUUACUGUUCAUGUUUUUGCAAAAAGGUAAGAUCUGCAACUUUCCCACGAUGAUGUCAGUAUUUAUCAGAGAAUGUACUUGUUUGUUUAUUGACAGUGUGGCUCCUUUCGCCGGAAAUUUGAAAAUCACCAUAAAACAUGUGAUAAAGUGUUGUUAGUGAGGUAUCAAAUGUCGUUCACCAAUUUUAACGGCUGUUUCAUGAAUUUUGUCUUACUUUUCUGUUAUUCAGGAGUGACUGCCGUAAACUUGGAUUUUCUGUCAUCAUCGACGCUAGAAAAUCAACUACGAAACGAAAAUACCUUGAAGAAAUAGUGGAGGCUAUGGUCUGCUUUCAGGUUUGAGAUACGUUUUGAAAUAUUUUGGGCCGUGAGUAUAUUGAGUGUACUGCUGUACUGUAGGUACAUUAGUUCAGUUUUCUUGUACACUUAGUAUCUAACUGAAUAAUGGAAAUACUGUAGUUGUUUUCUCUUUCUUGACUUGUUUUUUAGCUAUUCGUGUUAGACUAUUGAACCAAUUUAAAAUUAACUUGUAUUUUUCAUGCAAGGUAUGAAUUGUCAAUCAUUCCCCUAUAUUAUUAGACGCAAUUAUGUUAUAAAGUUGCUUAUGUUCAGUUUAUGAUUCAGAGCGUGAAAUUUGUACCUCUUUUUCUUCUUUUGGGCUUUCUAAAUUUGUCACUUGUUCGCCGGAAAUAGCGCGUUUUGAAAGUAUACAAAGCACAAUUUACUAUAUUGCAUAUAAAUGCGUAUUCCACUACUUUUGUACAAGAAGUUCAUGAUAGCCCAGCAUUGUAAAUGCGUUUUUCAAUAGAUCUCGCCCGCAUGCAAAGUUCUUCAUUAACAAAUAACAGCUCUUCUUUCUAUAGUUCCUUUUGUUGUUUAUAGUUGAGAAAUAGCGUGACUUAGGCUCAAAUCAGGCAAGUUUUAAUGAAGCACGGCAUUGUUAAGAGAAGUCCUUGACCCUGUUGUGCCAUCCACUUGCUUCAGCUUGCAAAGCAAUUUGUUUAUCAGGAAGCAAAAAUUGAGCAAAACCAUAUCGAUGCUGAAGUAACUUUGCCGUUUUCACCCAUCGCCGCAUGCUGUUCCCUCUCGGUUCCAAAUAUAAAUAUACAUAACGAUCCGUGACCUCAUUUGCUUUUUAAUUGAACAGAAAUAAAUCCUGUUGCCGAAGUAAGUGAAGACCCCCGGAGUUGUUCUUUUAUUAUUUAUUAGUUGGUUAAAUACGGUAGUUAUUUAAUAACCUCUUAUAUAUAUAACCUUUUUCUAAGAAUUUCAUAUUUAUGUAGAAAAGGGUAUUUCGGGUGUUUGAAAAACAUAGACUUUUAAACUGAUUAUAAUACAAACUUGUAGCCCAGAGAACACAAUGUACAACUUCAUGAUUAGGCAAUUAUCACGGGGUUUCUUCCCGCGAGCCCGCGCGCGAGCCAGCUUACGGGACGGGUAGUCACCUUGUCCCGUGCCCACCUUUUGCUUUCAGAUGCUGAAGGUGUGAAAGUGAUAAUGAAACGCUAAUGCCUCUGUAAAUUCUAAUUUACACCGAUAUUUUUGAUCUGUAGUUCUUAGCGCAAUUAUUUGGAUUGUAAAUAUUGUUUCAUCCCAUAUUUAAAAUAGAUUUCACGUUUGUUUUUUAUUAGGAGAGUACUCCAGGAGCUGUUCACGUGGUGUACAUCCUAACAAAGAAGGAUUCUCCUCUUAUGUUAUUUAGUGGAUCAAAGGUCAAGGAACAACUCAAUUUUGAGGUAAUGAUACAUCAACUAUCCUUGUGAUAAAAGCUACUGACUUAUUGUAGACUAUGACUUGAGCGAGUAAAAUAUGCAAACUCGUGCGCAUGUCACUUUCAUCGAGGGUGGUAAUUUUCACGCGCGCUCGCGUAUUUUGUCCCCUGUUUAAAACCUGAGGGAAAUGAUGUACUUCACGUAGAGCAUGCUUAUCGUUAAUCAGCUUAUGAGGCUGAUAAUCCCGUGAAAGUUCCGCCGUGGCUUUUUCGGUCCAGAGACUUCAAGUAGCUAUUUUAUGUGUUCAUUGAAAACUUAAAUCUUUUGAAAUAUGUGGACAUGAAGCCGGGCGGGGGGGGUUAGUCAACAAAGUUUUAUGUAUGUAUGUAUACGGGGAGGCUCCACCCCAAGGUGUUAGGGUUAGGGUUGCUAUAAAUGCACCAGACUACAAAACAUUCGUUUUUUUCUCAAAAUCAGUUUAGUGUAGCGUAAGAGUAGCGUAAGAGCCUCACACGCCCGUAUUUCCCCAGUCUCGCUCCAGACCUUUUGUUUGCAGUGACUGUUCGCACGUACUUGAGUAUGCAAAAAUGCGAACUGUUUUGUAGACUAUAAAAUAUGAACUAAUCAAUUAAUCGUUUCGCGAUGUGAUACAUGAAGACUGCAUGUACUUCAUAUGGCAAACUGUGUUCUGUAGCGUUCUCUCUCCUUCAAUGUACGUUAAAAUACACAAUAGUUUGCAGUUCUUCUUUUUUUCUUGAGUAGAUAGUUCGUCUUUUUUGGUUACCUACUUCAUUAUUAAAAAUGUGGUAACGUUUGAAAAGAUUGCUGCAAUAUCUUGGUUUAGUUUCCCUGGUCUCCCGGCAGAGUUUUUCUAUCUUCUCUUGCCCCUUGUCGACGUUUCGCAGCUCAAGCUCAUUUCAAGAAAAAGAAGAAAGAAAACCCCACGGACCGGGAAGCAUUGUUGACCGUUCAGUUUGUUUGUUUUUUGUUGUUAUGGUGGCCAGCUGCUUUAGCAAAAUUUCAUAUGCUGUAUACUGCUAGCGUGACCUAGCAGGUUAACACAUUUUAAUGGUCCAUACUUUUUCCACUGAAACGCUGAAGAAAAUUACAUGCUAAUCAGUCUUAUUCAUCAUAUCAUUGCCAGCACACCUGCCGUUAGGUCAAGUGUUUUCAUUAACUCUGAAACAACGGAGACAAUAUUUUUCAAUUUAGGGUCACUUAACUGAAGGGCCAUGCUAUAUUAUUGUUUGCUAAGUGCAGUGUAAGGAUGUUUUGCAGACCAUAUUCUUAAUAUCACUUCAUUUCUCGCGCUUAAUGCCUGUACAAUGCUAUUUAAACUAUGCACUCGUGUCGAGGCCUAAAAAACUGUCCAAUGUUAUUAGUUCUACUUGUCUAUGAUUUUCGCGCUCUCAUACGCCACUUCCACAUCCCCCAUAAUGCACCUUAUUUCCCCCCACCCCAAAUUUUGCAUAACCUUUGUUUUUCAUUUCUCCUGGGUUUUACAACCGUCCCAAGAGAAAUUGAAAACAAAGGUUGUGCAAAAUUUUGGGGGGUAAAAAAGUGCAUUAUGGGAGAUGUGCAAGUGGCGUAUGAACCAUUUCAAAUAAAUAAAACUUUUUAGUUGUGUGUAAUUGCGUACUGGUGCAGUGAAUUACCUUCUAGUCGGGCUCAUUUAGUUGAAGGCGGUGCUUCUGAACUGUUAUCUUCUUUUGUUGUGUACAGGAAUUUGAGAUUUGUAAAACCAGCCCAAAAUGAGUUAUUUUUUUUAUUCAUUUUACAAAACUUUUUUCAUAGCAGUUGGUCUCUGACCUUUGCUAUGCUCAGUUGCGGGUAAUAAAAGUCUCUUACUGCGACAGCAGAAACAACUCGUUCUAAAUUAAGGCUGGAAACUUGCACCAUUCUUGGAGUCUUUGUACUUCACGCGCGUUUCGAUCGUGCACCGCGCGAGUUGCGUUUAAAUGUUGAACACUCCAAAUCUUUUGUUCAGUUUGACUGCGGCAACAAACUUUUUCCGGCUUAGUCCGCAAUAGCUAUAUUAUCACCUAACGUGAACUGUAUUCACAAUAGCAGUAUUGCCUUUCAGUUCAAACUGCUUACUACAGUGGACCAACUCAAGUCAUUCGUGGACAGUUCACAGCUAACACCUGAGUUUGGAGGUGUAUUUCAUUAUGAUCACGACGAGUGGAUCAGAUUUAGAAUAGUAAGUUAUUGUACUUAAAAAACUCUAAUUACUUCUCCCCAAGAGCACCCGACUUGAUUUAUACCGUCACAUUUUAGGCUUGGUUAUACUCUAUAUGGUAGUUCUCUUAAUCUCCACAUCCUCCCGUCAACUUGGUUACGCAGUUACGCAGCAUAAAAUCCCAGCCUUUAUCAGUACCUUUUGUUAUUAUAUUUCGAAUCCUGGGCUGAUCAAUAAAAUAAUCAUUCUUUUAAAAUCUGCUCUCUUGAACAACACUUUUGCUACAUUUGACAGUUACCUUAAUCAUAUAGCCGGCCUGAAUCCAAUAUUACGGCAAGAUACACACUGUCCGCAGUCUUUAAUCAGUGGGCAAAAUAAUACCGUUCUUGAAAAAUGGGAACACAGUUGACCCAUUUAGAAAUGCAUGACUGUAAAUUUACAGAAUUUAGUGAAGACGUGUUUGUACUAAUCAACUAAUCGACUGCGUGUCUGUGAUUUACUCGCUUUUUGUUGCUUUCGUGUCGAUGUCAGACGUGAGUCAUUAUCGCAUUUGAUUUUUUGAGAGCAGAAGGUUGUAUUGAAACUUCUUGAAAAUGUGGAUUUGUGUGUUUCAAUUGCUAUCAAUGCAUACUACUUUUUUAAAUACCAUUUACUUCUCAAGAAAAUUAGCUAAAACCGGAAAGGGUAGAGUUAAUAACAUAAUUGUCACCCAUUGAUUUGCUGUAAUUAAUUUUUCUUUUGAAAUCGUUCGUGCUUAAUGGGGGUAAUUAAUAGUUCCCUGGAUCAUAUUAAAACUACUUCGUGUUGUGAAUAUUUUUGCAAAUACAAUAUUUAAUGCGGGAGUUGCAAGUCGUGUAUGCUAAUAAUGUUCCAGAACUGCCGUUUUUCUAUUAAUAUCUUUUGUAUAUUGGUCCGCUUGUGCGUCAUUGAGAUUACUUUGUUGAUUCUUGUGUUAUCUCAAGCGUGUAUGUUUGUCUGUACCUACAGUGUUCUUCAAUGACAUGAAAAAAAGGUUGAAAAAGCAGCACAGGUUGUUUAUAUUGAACUGACGUCAUUUGGUUUCCUUUGUUCGUUCUUGGACAUCGCUAAAUUGAUCGCUUUUAGCUGUAAAAAGCAUCUAAUAAAGUUAUGCCGUACACAAUCUUUCCCCUCUUUUCACAUUACCCCCUCCCUCUCCGUUACCACCGUUGUACUUUGUCCCACGGCCGAAUAUUCAGUUUGUUUGCACCGUUGCUUCUGCGUUUUUGCACAUUUAGUUAUAAAGGCUGCAAUAUAACUAAAUAACUCCUAAACAAAAGCGAAAGGCGACAAAUUGUCUUCCUUCAGUUCCAGGCUUGAUUACUGCUUUUCAAUUCUUCUAGCUAUUCUUUCCCGCGGGUGAUGUUAGAAGAUGAUGUUAGAUUAAGCAAAAAACUCGGUUCAUGCUCCCGCUUUCUUUGAAAUCGGUUUUCCGUUGCGGUCAUGUUUAUGAACUUCGAAAAACUAAUGCUUGUUAAGACUCCAACAAGAUGUAAUUUAUAUAAAGAGAAACAAUGGCUUUCAAAGCAACAACCGCUUGGUACUGUUCUUUAAUUUUUUAUUUAACCAAUUCGUGCAUUUAAUUUGGACCAAUUGUAUAUCUAGAACUCUUUUGAAAAUAUUUCAUAAAAGCAGUCCUCUAAUGGACUUUUGUAAUAUGUGCGGUAGCGUUUUUCUCAAUUAAAGGCCGACCGCUACUUAAUUGAAGGCUAAUUAAGGAAGAGUAUCGCUAUUUUUAAGAAAAUAUUCCUUUGUUCUCAUGAGUUGAGUAUUAUAGAAGAAACCGCAGCUUUGAUGUUCGGCUCUCGUAUAGGAGCCGAUUUCCGCUUAUCCAUCGCAAAAGUAUAAAAUACUGUGUAACUGACAACUCGUAUGUAUCAACAUCACUUCCGUGAAACCAGCUUUUUAGCUUGUGCUAUACUAAGCGUAGCGCAGGCGGUUUGAUCCAGCGCUUCUCUCCCGGACAGCGUCAAGUGGUUGCCAGUUAUUAACGCCGUCCGCGCGCGCGCACGCAAGGGGAGGUACUCAGUUCACAAUUAUUGAGCUAUGAUAAUGAUAAUUGUUGUUGUUAUGUUUCAGAAACUAGAGCCGUUCAUGACUGGAUGUAGAAGUGCAGCCAAACUUGCCAUGGGAGUGAUGCAGCAGUUCACAAGCAAAAAAAUCGGGGAUAGCAUUCAGGAAUGUAAAAAUCUACUCGAGGAACAUCAUCAAAAAAUCAAGGAUGUAUUUGAGGACAGUAGAUUAUCAGCGCUCCAAGUUGAAGGAGAGCAAAUACUGAUUAGAUUACAAGAAGAUCAAAGUGUGUUACCUUCUGUGCCUGACUAUAUAGAGACUGUCAAUUGUGUGACAAAACUGUAUCAUCAAAUGAAUGAAGUGUUUUGUAAGCUGGAGAUGCUAAUGGAAAACAGAACCAGGAAAUUAGAACAGUGUCUGGCGUUGAAAGAGUUCGAAAGAGAUAUUGACGAGGUAAAGCAAAGAAAGCCAAAGUUACGUGAAGUAUGCUGUCGUUUAAUAAUAUAUCGCUAUAUUUUUGCUACUUUUUUUUCCGACCGUUAUGAGCCAAUCAGUUAACAGUACGAACAUUCUUAAGAGUACCCGAAUAUAGUGACUGUCCUUCCGAGGGUAGCGAAGUUGUGAUCUAAUUUAGUAUCGCUAUGAGUAGUAUCAUGUAUUGCUUUUCGCUUCUAGCGGAAAUCAAGGCUCAAUAACUACUAGGCUGCGGAAUUUUAACAUUAAACUUUACCAUCUUUCAUUAAACUUCUCCUUAUCUAAGGCUGCGUUUUGACAAACUUUGAAUGAUCUAAAUAAAAUUAGUUUAGCUUUCAGCAUUAUUAACACUGUCAAGAACAUAGAAAGAUGUCUUUAAACGAAAUCAGUUCUCAAUGUUCGUUCAAAUGAAUCAAAUGAAUGUUGAAGCAACGUUUCUGUUGUGUACUAGCUAUCAAAGUUUAUUCAGCUGCCUAAGAUCAGUUUUGAUUUAUAGGUGAUGAACUGGAUGUCCACAAAAGGGGAACAGUUUUUAGACAAACACACCGGGAUAGGAGACUCCAUUGGACACGUUAAAACACUGCAAGAGGACUUCGGAAAUUUUGAAAAUAAGGCCAAGGUAUUUAUUAGCAACGUUUGUGACAUGUUCUGUAUAUUUACAUUGAAGGAAGUUUUCUUUUGCACACAUGUACGCUCGUAUACAACAUUUUGCACUUGGCUUUCAGAAUUUCCAUUUUACUUUCUUACUCACUAAGUCAUAAAACCACGGCGAUGAAGUUAUUCCAGUUUUUAUGGAAACUGCCAUAACAAAAAAAUUGUUUUUAUUAAAAAAGACAAUAUCCCUAGUACUAAGCGUCACUGUUGUAAGCAAAAUACACUUCUGAUCGGUCAGUGUAUUUUGAUUUGUUGCUUAAUUGCCGGUUUUUAAAUUUUGUUAGUGCUACUGUGACCGAGUAGAAAAUCUUCUUGAGGAGGGAAGCAGUAUGUCUCAAGGAGGCCACUACGAAGGAAUUGGAAUCAAAGAAAGGAAAAGAACCUUGGGGGAGAUGUACAAGAGAUUUUGUAGAAAGCUGGAACACAGAAGGCAGCAGCUAAAUUCCUGUAUGGAAUUUUAUCAACUUGCUGAGCAGGUAAUCCAAUCGUUGAUUUGUUUAAAUAUGCAGCUCGGUCUUGAAACUUUCACGGCCAAGCUAAGCAUAUAAACUGAACGAGACUUGCUGAGUGGUUCAAUAUUCGGAUUUAGAAUGUUUAUAUCCCUUAAUGUGUUCGUUCCCCGUUACAUUUAUUAUUCUUCAUGAUUGUUGCCGGGUUCCCCUCUUCUCCUCUUCGAAUCCAUGAUCACGUGGCAGUUGAGCUUGUUUGCUGAGACUGAUCAGAGCGUUAUUGUAUGUUGUAUCGCAGGCGUCAGAAUGGUCCAUGGCCACACUCAAACAAAUGGCAAUGAUGAACAUGGAGGAGAUUCUUCAUUUGGAAGGUGUGACUGCACUGACUCGCGGCUUAGAAAAGUAUCUUCAAGAGACACCAGUUUGGACUGAGAGUAGACUCAACAGAAUAUCAGAGCUUGCUACAAAUCUGGGCAGCGCUAAGCUUGUCAAGGAAGCUGAAAGUAUACUCACGCGCUACAAUGAGAUAUUAGACAUGUUACACAAGAGACAAGAAACACUCAACAGAGCUCAGGAAAGACUUUCGGUUAGUACCAUUGUGACCGACAAAACUAAGAUACAACUCACUUUGACUCUGAAGAUGACUACCGCACAGGUUGUCGAAACGUCAGUCACUGUCAACAACAACAGUCCUAUUCAGGACUACGUUCACCCGGACGAUCAAACUCAACCUUUUGAAAACUAAUAUAUGUCAUAUAUUUCAAUCGCGAGCUUUAUGAUGCUGGUUUUCUGUUACUGCACCCCUGUGUGUGCAUGUUACCGAGCUCGUGGUGUGGUGUAAUCCCCUUUUCACGAGGAGUUUAAAGUUGUGAUUAUUACAAUUUAACUUGUGAUAUUUUUCAAAUCACGAAAGUCGUGUAUCCUGCAGAUUCUGCGGCCUUCAAUUUUCAUGCUGGCAAUUCUUAACCGAAUAGUCCAACCUGACAUUUGUGCUGGAGCUGCGCGUGUGCUUUACUGGACGAGCAUUUAUCUGAGUGUUGCACGAUUGUGUUGCACAUUGAUGUCUUUCUUCUGCCUCUGUGUCAUUUAGGGCCUUCCCCCAAGUGAAGCAAGUAGUACUGCCACUGGUGGUAGUGACGAGUCCACCUCGUCCAGUCCUGGCCAAGAGGAGGAUGAGGACGAAGACGAUGGGGACUUGUUAGUUGAAAGCGAAGACGAAAUUGAGACCCAACCCAUCACCCAGGUGGAUGCUCCUGUUCGACGUAAAAGCUCCAUUCCUGUCACCCCACCCCCAUUGUAUUCAUGGAAGGAAGUACGUAUCCCUUAAAAUCCACUGACAAUCUUUUCCAUCAACAAAAGAUGCAAACUUCGAUCUCUGACUCUUUAACACUAACUGAAUGCAAAACUGUUUGUUUCUCUCUCAGACUGAAAUGCCAGUAAUCGAGGAAGUUCCUGUUCUGAAUCCGCGAGUAGAAGAGUAAGUCGUACAUCUCACGUUUGAGUUUUACCUCCAGAUUCGUUUUUGUUCUUGUUCUUUUUCUGUUGCUGUUGUUAUUUCUAUCGCGUAUUUUUCCCAGCAAAGCCACCUUUAUAAUAAUUCUGAAUUACAAAUAACGUAGUACCCGCCAUCCAAAGGUGCUGCCAAAGAUUUAUUGGAGUCUUUUAUAUUGUGCUCUGCAAUUUUUUGUUCUACCCUUUCAGAGGUUGUAAAGAUAUUUAUACAUGCCCCCCAAAUUAAGUCAAUCCCUUCUUGUGUUUCAUCUUAGAAAACUGAUGUACAUCUUUCAAGAGAUGAUUGAUACGGAAAGAGAUUACGUGAAGUCAUUGCAGUAUAUAAUGGAUGUAAGUCAACUCCGCUUUCUUCAGUUUUUUAUCAGUAUUUGGGUGUUUGUUGUGCUUUAACCUGUUAUCUCGGGUUUUUUUGUGCUCUGUAGAAUUAUUUGGUGGAAAUGAACAAUCCUGUGUUACUGCCGUCAUUAAAAGGGAAAAAGAAUAUUCUGUUUGGGAACAUAGAAAGAAUUCACGACUUUCACAAACGGUAAGGCUCUAAACAUUGCAGCCGGUGAUGGAGAAGAUUUCUUUGUGGGGUGUUAGUGUCUAACGCGUUUCCAGAUCAAGGCUGCACAAAAUUCUGACGCAUUAAGUUGUUAUAUACUUGUAUGGCUAAUAUAUGGGGUCGUUAAUCCUUCGCGGGGGGUGGGUUGGGGGCAGAUGUUAGAACGGGUAAAUCUUUCCACUCGUCAGAUCCAGGUUGUAGUUUUUCAGUCUAAUUCUCUUCUUACAUGUGUCACUUGACUCUUGAUCUGUUUAAAGCGCGACACAGAUCCUCCCACACAAAACGUUUAAAAUCAAAUACCACCAUUGUCUUUUUAGGUAUUUCCUUCAAGAACUGGAAGCAUGUAAGGGCAGAUUCCUUGAUAUAGGAAGCUGCUUUCUGAAAUGGGUAAGUACGGAAAACAUAGAAGUCCAAGGCCUUGGGACUUGCAACCUUUGUAGCAAAACAAGUCUGUCGCAGAAGCAAUUGUUUUCCUUAGCAAUAAGCGCUUUUAGUGACCAAAUUGGAAGAAGGCAACUUAAUUGAUCUAGCCAGCACAGUAAUAUAUUCUCAGUUCCAGUAACACCCGAACACAAAGCCAAAUGAGCCUAAAUGCAUAAGAUAUGGGAGAAUCGGCCCGAAGAUUUGCGAGUCGUUGGACCAGGAGAGAAUACUAGGUAUGCCUUAUCGCUGCGGCGGGGAGGAGGGUGGGGCGAGAACUGCUAUCAAGGGUGCCAAGACCUAAACUUUACUAGAACUAGCAAAAUAAUCAAGCUGCAGGCUGCUCUGAAAACUGAUGGACAAGUUCUGCACGUGGGUAUGCCUUGUAUUCCCCUGGGCCACGCUGAGAAUUUUAGGAAUUACAUUGGUGCUAACUUAGGCUUUUGUGCGAGUUUUCCUUAGUGGGUGUAGCGAACUAAUCGACUACGAACGGAUCACUAGCUACUGAGGAGCAAGGCGUUUUCUUACCUUUAAAAGUAGUUGUUCCGUUUGAGAUGACCGCUUCCUUAAACUUUUUAAAUCCAUGAAAUUCCCGCUUCUGAAUGAACACUCAGUAAGGUCGGUCAAGGCUACGUUAGCUAUUUCCAUGUUUGCAGCACUUGGCAGAAAAGUUUCUUUCCCAAUUGUUUUUGUUGCUGCCUUUUGCCGGUAUUGAAGUGCUUUUUGUACUUGGUUCCAGGAGCGACAGUUCUACCUGUAUGCAUUGUAUAACAAGAACAAACCGCGCUCGGACCAACUGCUAUCCGAUCAUGGAAAUGUUUACUUCCGGGUAAGCACAAUGUUUUGGGUUGUUUUUUUCCUGCGUGUGUAACUUCUUAAUUUGUUUAGUACCAUAGCCUUUCCUCAAAAACCUCUUUCAUCAAUUAAACGAGCAGUGUCACAAUAAGAAAGUAUUGUAAUAGAGGGUUGCUUCAAGCUCAGCUGUACUUCUAAUCAUACUUAAAAUCAAUCACAACAACCAAAGUUAUCUCAGGGAGAGGGCGUGCGGGGGUAGUAACCUUGCCAACACUCUAGGAGAUUUGUGUAUCCACUAUUUUGCUUUGCUUUUUUGCAUGUGUUUUUAGUGACGAGAAUGAAGGUCCGCGUUUUCACUAGGAAGUAAUUACAAGUCUCUACUAAAUAUUGUUACAUUGAUUUUUCAGGCUCGUCAGACAGAACUUGGUGACAAACUUGACCUGGGAAGUUUCCUUAUUAAACCAGUACAAAGGAUGGGAAAAUACAGUCUUCUGCUCCGGGUGAGUAUAUAGCUAGCUUUUUCAAAAAGAUAGAUAGGGACAUGUAUGGAAUAACGUUUGGUAAUUGAUUUAAAUUCCAGGAUAUGAUCAAGGCUCUGGACGUUGGACAUCCGAAAAUAGCCGAACUGAAGGUAAAAAGAAACCCACAGUACUUUUUAUCGCGCUGUUUUUUUCAGUCUCGUCGGAACUGAAGCUUUAAAUGUCCGGCGUUUCGUGGAUAUAGCGCUUACCACAGUACUUGUGUUCACCCAUUUGGAGUAAUGUCUAUUGUUAGGUUCCCUUUUGAUUGUCCAGAAACACUGCAACUUGCUUUGGUGGGUCCAGUUAUGGACAAAAGAGUGGAGUUAGUAACUUGUAGGCUCGGAUAACCAUAUACUUGCUUUUUAUAGGGCAAGCUUCUGAUUUUGUCCUACUUUGUUAAGUAUAUUUAGUAGAACUGAACUAACAGCAUUGCUUUGUAAUUAUUGUUUUAUUGACAGGCGGCAGAGGAAAUGGUGAAAUAUCAACUGAGACACGGCAAUGACCUGUUAGCCAUGGACUCUCUCAGAGGAUGCGAUGUAAGUUGUUACAGAACCGCGGACUGUCGACACUCAUAGCCGCGCAUUUGUUACGACGAAUCCUGAAAUAGAUCAGUCUUAUUUCUUUUCGCGAAAGAUUUGAACCAAGGAGUCAUUUCUUAAAUAGGCUAAGUACGAUGUGCGUCUGAACGUAGUCCUGAAUAGGACUGUUGUUGAUAGUGACUGACGUUUCGACAACUUGUGCGUUAGUCAUCUUCAGAGUCAAAGUGAGUUGUAUCACGUCAGCUGAUGCUAUUGAACUCUGGUUAUUGACCUGAUUGGUCAAUUAAGUCACGAUGUUAUUGAUCGUCUUUAGGCAGUUUUAGCUGUUAAACCACACUUAAGGUCGGUUAUUUAAACGAAGUCAAAAGUCUAACUUAGACUUAGACUUAGGCUACUGAGUAGCCCCUGAGUAGCAUCUUUUAAAAAGACACUCAAAAGACAUUUUUGUUUCAGAAAGCUUUUUUGUAAUUUUAUGUGCUUUUUAAUCUCGUUUUUAGUAGGUUUUAUGCAGUUUUUUACGAUUUAAGUAGUCUAGGUAAUUUUUAUAAUUUUAGUGUUGACACAAUUGUUUUAACUCUUUUUGGUAGGUUCAUGCACUUUGUAUACCUUAUGCAGUCUUAGUUAUUUUUUUUGAAAUAUUUUUAUUUUUAAGCGCUGAUGAAAAUAGCAAUAUUGAUAUCGGGGCUAUAUAAGGUCUAUUAUUAUUACUAUUAUUAGACCGCGGUUUAGCAAAUCGUAAGACUUGUAGAUCUCGUCCAUAGUGGGUUAUUUUAAGAACAUUCUUUUUUAGUCUACACCAUAUGCUUUGAUGAAACUGUUCACGAUAAAUGAUGUUUAUAUAAAAAGGGUUCGGCUACUGAAAAUUGUUUAGAACGCGGUUUUGUUAAACACUGGCUAAAUAACUGGCCCUUAUAGUUUGUAAGCUGUACUGAAUUCUGGUAUUUCCCGACAUCACGUUUUUAGAAGGUAUCAACCCUGAUCAGCGCUUAUUUGACAUUUGCAGAUGAAUGUGAAGGAUCAGGGUCGUUUGUUACGCCAGAACAAUUUCACCGUGUGGAAUGGCAAAAAGAAACGGCAGCGGCGAGUAUUCUUGUUGGAUGACUUGGUUAUCUUCAGUAAAGUCAGGAAACAAGCUGGAGGAGUGGAUCUAUUUUAUUACAAGAACUCGCUCAAGGUUCGUUAAUUGACCGGCAAACCGCACGGUUUUGUUGUUACUAGUGUGAUAGGGAGCUCAUUCGGCUGGAGGUGAAACACAACUGAAUAUUGUUAUCAGGGCGGUCGUCUUUGACAGUGGGAACAAUAAAAUGUUUUUCUUGCUGGCUUAGCUUGCAAAAGAGGCAAAAAAUGAAGUUGUCCCGCACUGAAUGGAACCUGGGCUUGAGUGACAUUUUAGGGUAUCAGUUUUCACGCUCGUCACGUGAUUCAGUUUUUAUUUCUUGCCGUACAGUGCAUUAGCGUUUCCCACCCUUUCGCCUUUUGCCAAUUCCGUAAAGAAACGUGUGUACAGUAGUGUAUGAGGUUCAGGAAGGGUUUUGUCUUUUUUCCUUUAUCCACUGUAAAAUUUUUGUGGCGUUAGUGAUUAAAGUGCUGUUGCAUUGUCCUGUGGCACUGAGACAAAUGCCAUUCACUGUGUGUGAGAAAUGUGGAUUGUUGGUAGCCUGCGUAGCUGGCGGCAUUUUUCGCGCGUCAUCUUUUCAUUCCAACAGUCUUUUGUUGUCUUUGAGUCAAGUGGAGGUGGGAUUCAGUUCUGCCCCUCCGCCCCAUGUGGUAGCCCCCACGCCUGAAAAACUCCGCAUUCUAAUUCUGCCAGCUACGCAGGUCAGGUUGCACGUGGUUUAUAAAUGAAAGAAAUGAGAAAUGUUAUGUUUUUGUUUUUCUUCGUUGAUUUUGUUUCAUACUGGUUUUGUCCAGGGAGAUAAUAAAGUAACUUUUCUACAUGUUUUUCAUUGAGAAAGAAUUUAUACUGAUUGUUAGCCGUCUUUGACCUUCAAAAAGUAUUUUAUCAAGCAUUUUCAAGCAUACUGAUUUUUGUUGCUUAUCUCUUUUUAUCUGUUAUUUCUUUUAUUCAGACUACCGAUUUAGGUCUCACGGAAAAUGUCGGUGACAGCGGGCUCAAGUUCGAAUUGUGGUUCAGAAGAAGGAAGCCUGAAGAUACUUUUAUUCUACAGGUCAGCGGAUGAGCUCUUCAAAAUAGAUUGAUUGUUAACCUUUUCAAUGACUUGAGCGAAAGGUGAAAGACGGUCGUUCAUGCUUGUCGCUCAUUUCAGGAAACAGAGAACUUUGUUCUUAAUGGCAGCAUUUGAUGAAUAAAGAAGUAGUUUGAAUAAGCAACGUACCCGGGGGUAGGGGCUGGGGGGUUGGGGUUGGGAGGGAGGUGGGGUGGGGUGGGUUGCGGGUACCACUUAGUACAGGUUGCAUUAUAGCAAGGAGCUCAGUACAGUCCCCCAUAACCCUCGGGUUUUUUUUCGUGAUUCUGCAGGCGCAGACGCUGGAAGUAAAGACCGCUUGGGUGACGGAAAUUACGCGAUUGUUAUGGAAACAAGCCAUGCGCAGUAAAGGUACGUGUUUUCUAACGAAACCACCACUGCGUAAGUUCUGAAAGUACUUUUUCUUUGAAGGAGAAAUCAGUUGUUAAGACGCCCUGAGAGUGAGCAUUAAUUUGUUACUUGCUUCCUUGAUUAACAGAGUAUGGUUUAACAGAGGCGUCAACUGGAAUCAGUGUGGGAAGCCAGCCGCCGUUGGUGAUCCCGAGCACUCAGCCAGGAGAUACCUCACCGUUCCAAGCACCUCCUUUUCAAGCAUUAUCCAACUUAACCCAUGGUCAUCUUAUAAGGACCUUCUCCACUCCAUCAGCUGGUUCCAGUCCUCGCUCAACAAGGAAACGUUUAUCACUUGCCAGCAAUGAAACAACUUCCAGUGUUGAAUCAUCCAGCAGCAGUGGUGUUCACGAUUUAAACCUGGUUACAACAGAAGAGGAGGCUUCCAUUCGAAGCUGUAUUUCAACACCACUGGAAGAAAAACUCUCUAACGCUGUCAAACGAAACAGGCAGCGGAAAUUGUCCCGUGAAAUAUCGCCAAAGACACAUUCAAAUAUUAUAGAAAGACUAGGUGAGCAAGCUGACCUUUAUACUGACAGACCAGGGAGUCUAAACGUUGAAGAAACGCUAGCUUUAAAAGUUGGUAAAGAUAUUCUUGAAGAGGACAGGAAAAGAAAUAGAACAGCUCCGUCUCUCGCUGAACGAGAAAGAUCUAAAAGUACGGAGGAAACUACAAGUGAAUCACCAGUUUUACGCAGAAACACCAAGGAAAAGGACAUAAAUAAUACGGUACCUCGUAGGCGCUCUUUCAUCGAGAGGAUAUCUAUUAAAUCACAUUUUGACAUUGUCUCAAAACGACGAAACUCGCUGGACAUGUCAUUUGCCAGAAAUGGAAGAAGUGGUGACGUUGGCGAGAGUCAACCAAGGAAACGAAGUGGACAAUCUACAGAGGUACAGAGAACUUAA